GAUUCAGUCUGAGCCCGGAUUGUACUCUGUACAAAUUACCCGGGUAUUGAUAGGAAGGAUCGGAUAUACGUACAAACAUGAAAUAUUAGCCAGUAAUCAUCUGAAAACAGUGAAUGAAGCUGAUGAUGUUAUCUUUUGCCAUCUCCACCAGCGUCAAGGUGGUUACCAUACUCAGCAGUAUGCAUGGAAAUGAUGAUCAUCCAGCUACUGUUUGGUUGAUAGAUUCUUCAGCUAAUGGAUUAUCUGGUGAUAGUCCUGUAUACCCAUUGCUAUUAAGGAUGAGCAGCUUGGGAGCCCCCUUGUCAGCAAUUGUACUGCUAUGUACAUGCGAUUCUCUCAUUCUGUGGUUGAGGAGAGGAAUGGUUAUUAUAUAUAGAAUAAUACUUUCUUUUAUCGAUGGGUCGAGAAGAUAAUACGUUUCUGACUGCGCUGAUGAUCCCGGCCAACUAUGGGACUGUAGCACGGAGUACUUACUACUAGUACUGUGCACAUCUGGGGACAGC